GCACGAGCGUCUGGUUGCACACUCUUGUCUGUAGCUCCUGCUUUUUCCUUUCUCUAGAGGGACCAUGUAUUGCUUUCUCCUGCUGUAUGGCUGUUUCCCUUGUCUGGGUUAUAAUAUGGUGUAGCUGUGCAGUUUCUUUGUUCCUUUGGUCGGACUGUUGGUAUGAAGCACUUACUGUGGAAGAUAUUGCUGAGAUUUGUGGAAAGAGCAAUGUAAUUUUGCUGGCCAGAUGUAUUUAACUGUGGAGAAGAGCUGUGGGAAUGACAGGACAACCUGGACUCCUCUCAAGGCACAAUUGUACCAGCUCUCUCUUCUUCCUGUAGCCAAGGGCAACGUGUGUGAGAAGCCUUGGGAUGGCAAAGCCAGCAGCCCCACGAAGCGAGCAAGGAAGCGGAAGGCUGCUGAGAUCUCUCCUUCUGCUGUGGCAGCUGUGAAUCCUCGGAGAAGCACUGAAGAAGAGGAGCCUCCAGCUAAAAAGGCUAAAAUAGCAGCUUUGACUGCUGCUCCAGCCCUGCCGGAGGUCAGCCUGCUCACCAAGGCUGUAGAAGAAGAUGACCUUGAAAAGUUCAUCUCGGAAUUCUUAGAGGAAAUGGAAGGACAAUAUGACUUGGAGCUGGAGAAGGAUGUGGAUGAACUCCAUCUUGAACUUUCUGAGAUGAUUGACAGUAUAUCUGAGUAGUCUUAUAGUAUAUAUAUAUAUAAAUAAAUAUUUUAAAAGGCUUCA